UCAUAUCAUAUGCCACCACGACACUCUCUCUCUCUCUCUCUCUCUCUCUCUGCGUGACUCUGCCUCCCCACUGCUCAUCCAGUCGUCUUCAGCCUCCAGCCCACGGGUUCUCUCUGUGCGGCAAAGACCCUCUCCGUCUCAGCGUGUCUCCUCGAUCGUUGAGGCGUCGAUGGCCGUUUCUACACUCGAUGGUGACGAACUAACGGUGGUAACUCGGCUCUUACUUUUCAAUCGAUCUGUAUCACAUGAACAUCUCGACUACUUUCUGGGUUUUCAGUCGAAUAGCCUCGAAGUCUUGAACUUGGUUGCUCUCUUCCUCAAGCAGCAAAGCAGAUAGCCUGAAACAAGCUUGGUUAGUUGCUGAAAUCAAGCUUGGUUAGCUGGUUCUGAAAUUGGCAUUCAACAAUUUAUGUUCUUAAAUUGUUCUUUUGUUGCUGAUAUUGCUUGCUUUUAUGUUUUGGGGUUUACUUUCGAGUUUGUGAGGAGUAAAGAUUGAUUCUUUUCUCAUGUAAAUUGAGGGGAUUGAUGGGAGUUUGAAGAAAUGGGGUUUUUGUUGUUAGUUAAAACGGGCUGUGUGUCCUGCUGAACAAAGUUUGAGUCUUUUCUCAUGUAAAUUGAGAGCCCUGAAGGGAAUUUGAAGAGAUAGAAGAGUGGAUGGUAAAGCUUCAAACUGUUAUUUGGUUGGAGGGCAAUAUCGACAGAAUGAAUCCUCUGCAGAUUUCAACUACUCCACAGGAUUAUGGUAUGUAUCUUCUGAUAUCGACAUUGAUAAUUGUGGGAGAUGUGUGGGUUCUUUAAUUGAAGGAAGGAACCAAGUAUAUUCUUUAGAAAACAAGUUCAUCUCCAAAUUCAAGUAGGCAUAGAGAGAUAUAACACACAACAUCAGAGCAUAAUUUCUUGCAUCUUUGGUUCUCGGAUUUGCCUGUGUAAUUCAUCAAGUGCAAGAGGCCUCCAAGUACAAGGCCCUUCACUGUCAUCAAAAACAGGAAGUCUUUGUUUGAAGAUUAAGAAGCACAUUACUAAUACAAGUAAGAGGCAUUGAAAACUUCCAGAAUGCACAGUAUUAGUUGUGUCACCUAUGAAGCCAGAUUCCUCUGCUUCAACAAUUCUGUAGACAUGAGGAAGGGGAAUAUGGAUUUUUUGCAUCCAUGUACUGCUAAUAGAGUAACUGAGCGUCCCGGGUUUAAAGAUGAAGUUCUUAUCAACUUCAUUCAUGGUCUUUUGGAUGUAAAGGUGCUUACUCUUGAGGAGCCUGAACGUGGUCUUACCAUCGUCAAGCUAACGCAUGUGGAUUUUCCUGAAGAAGACAGUGCCCAAUAUUUCAGUGGCAGUCCAUCACAUCCAACAGCAAAUGAAGCUUCCACUAACACAAAAGAAACUUCCAAGCAGAUUAACCAAUGGAUGACACUGAUGAAGAUCUCAUGUACUGAUUGGUUCAAACUUUGAAUGUAUAAUAUUUUGCUAAGAACUAACCAUAUUUGUCAGUUGUAUAUAAACGUCUUGGGUGCAACAUCUUUCUUUUGGUCAAUAGAAUAUCAAAUUUUUGAAAACUGUAAAAUGUGAAUGAUAAGAUUGGUUAAAACACCCGCCCUUGCUCAAAAACUUCUAUUCUUUUUU